UCCAUUAGACUACUCAACAGGCGGACUGCAAGUCUCAGUCGAGUGCGACGAGGAGAUAACUUCAUGAUGUCGACACAGGGGCAAGCAUCAGAACUCUACCUGACUAUCAGACAGCUAAAUGGACUAUUGAUAUUAGUCACCUUUAUUGCAGGUGGUGUGUCCCAAAUCAUUUCAAUAAAUUGUCCAACUGGUCUUCAAGAAGGAAUGUGGGGAAACGUUACUUGUUCAGUUAACAAAACAAAAGUUGCGGCGGCGUCCUCUUGUUACCCUAACAGACUUCAGUUCGCUUUCAAAAAUGAGUCAGAACUAUUGAAUCCUGUAUGUGAGAUCCCUUAUAAUGAAACAUGUGGCCAGGCUGGUAAAUUGAACUGCAGUUGUGUGGAAUCGAAGGCUGACAUAUAUACUUAUCAACUCCAGAUUUUGGGAAAAUGUAAUGAAACUUUAAUCUGCAAUAUUGACUGUCUACCGGAAACAUCAUUUACAGACAGUUGCCAGCUUGGUGAUUGUAUAAAGGAACUUCGGUGCUCCACUACAUGUGAAAUGUUAUUGAUUGUUUUACUUCCUGCCUUUGGGAUAUUAGUAGGGAUCAUACUAAGUGUAUUUAUAUGGAAGAAAAAGAUCAGUUGUUUCAGAUGAUCAAGACGUUCUAAUCAAGAAACACGCCGACAUGCCCGCGUCAAAUCCUCAACAUCAGAUGUCCCGUUAAGAUCUCCAGUACAGACCUGUGGGAGAGGGCCAGCCAAAAACCUGCCAUCCCCGACAUCAAGAAGCUGAAGUGGGGUUUGAUCAGUCACACCUUGCAAAAGCCGGCCGACAAUAUAAGAAGACAAUGCUGGAACCCACAGGAGAGGCGCAGGGUUGGGAGACCCAAACAGACUUUUAAACUGAACCAAAUGUUUUUUAUCACUAGCAUGAUAGAUAUAGUCAUUUAAUAUCUUUACAUGAAUAAGUUGCUUUGUUCAAGUCAGUAAAACAAUAUACAUUAGAUACUUUACAUCUUUUUUUAGGGAAUAGCAAUAAUAACCUUACUGGAUAUACAGACCGGAGUUUGAAAGAAACUAACGAUGAAAUUAGGAAUAGCUAUUAAGAGUUAAGUUAGUUUGCAGUUUACUACAUUAUAAGCCCGGCAGUGACUGCUCUCGUACUUUACACUUCCUACUUUAGAGGGUUAAUUAGAUACUUUGAAGACAAAUCUCGUUUUCUCGAGGACGAUAGACACACACACACACUCUCUUACACCCACGCGCGCGCGCGCAAACAAUUCAUUUGCCUUUCUGACUAGAGCUAUACGCAUUCCCACAGCAAGUAAACAUCGUUUCUUAGAGGACUCGUAAUACUCUCUAGGUCAGUCUUGAGCUCUUUGUUUCAACACCAGCCUUACCUGGCUAUAUCUCAGUAUCUACCAGUAAGACAGCAAUAACAUGUUUACGUCUUGGUGACAGAUAUUGGACAGUUGCUAUGGGCGAUGAAGUAAACACAACGAAACAUUAUUUGUUAAACAAGACGCUAUUCUAAGGAAGUGUACAAUGGACACACAAAUAAAUGAUUUCUAAGAGCAGAUAAGCCUUUUUAUGACCUGUGCAGCACGCCUCGUAAUCACAAUAUCCUGUUCAUGUUAUCAAGAAAACACUCCAUUCACAAUGAGUCCCUUUAAAUAAUACGAUUUAUAGCGUGGACUGUCUUCUUCAGUGUUGGUAGCUUUCGGGGUUGGGAUCAGCAGUGCUAUCGCGGAUCCCUAAGUGAAUCUCGUUCCUGGUUGUUUAAAGUUUAAAACACUCGAGACUUGUUAACGUCAACCUUGUAUUUUACUAUGACAUUGAAAUGUGGGAGGAAGUGUUUAUACAGUCACCUUAUCAAACACGCCAUCGCAAGUCAGUUCUUUGAUUCUUGUUUUGUAUUGCACGCACACACACACAUACAUGCACGCACACUCACACUAGCACACACACACACACCCACACACACCCCUAUAUAAUACCAAUCACAAAACGUCGUAUGCAUAUAUCCACAAUCUGGCUGAAUAAGUCGAAUGAUAGAACGUGAAAUGUCCGUUUGAUCUGUGCAUAAAAGUGUGUAUAUCUUAGUAUGUUUAUCAGAAAGGCAGUUUGCAACUUUGCUUACAAGGCUCAAUACCUUUACGUUUGCGUGUGGGAGCAAAGAAAGAAAAAAA